AUGCUCAGGCUAUGCACACCGUCAGAAAAAUACGAUGCUUCCCCCCGGCCGUACGUCAACAGCAGGAAAUGGCCUACUCAAACUUUGACUCAAGCUCCCCGAUGGCUUUCAACCGACCUGAGGGAUGGCAAUCAGGCAUUAGUCCAGCCCAUGAAUGGUGAUCUCAAGCUACGCUAUUUCCAAACCCUCAUUAAGCUGGGAUACAAGGAGAUUGAAGUCUCUUAUCCCUCUGCCUCACAGACCGAGUUCGAUUUCACGCGAUACCUCAUAAGUACCCCUGGUAUUGUGCCCGAUGACACGUGGAUCCAAGUCAUGGCGCCUUGUCGCGACGAACUCAUUCAAAGAACGAUUGAGGCCGUCCGGGGUGCGAGGAAAGUCGUUCUGCACAUACAUCUCUCUACAUCCGAUCUUUUCCGCGAAAUCGUCUAUCUAAUGACAAAGAAAGAGAUGAUAGACCUUGCUGUUCGGUGCAUGAGGAUGAUUCGCGAACUCACGAAAGACUCCCUAGAUGCCGAGAUGCGGAAAACUGAAUGGACGAUGGAAUUUACCUUGGAAAACUUUCAAGAUACAUCCGUUGAAUUUGCACUUGAAAUCUGCGAAGCUGUGAAAGCAGCCUGGGAGCCGACCACUGAGAAUAAAAUCAUUUUCAAUCUUCCUUCAACUGUCGAGAUAUCUAUGCCGAACGUCUUCGCAGACCAGAUCGAGCUCUUCUGUAGGGGUAUCUCCGAGCGAGAAAAGGUUUGUGUAUCAGUUCAUCCUCACAAUGACCGGGGAUGUGGCGUGGCGGCAGCCGAGAUGGCUCAGCUGGCUGGUGCAGAUCGAGUUGAAGGAUGUCUAUUCGGGAAUGGCGAACGCACUGGAAACGUUGAUCUCGUCACGCUGGCUCUGAAUUUAUAUACUCAGGGCAUAUCACCCAGAGUUAACCUGGGCAAUUUGAAUGAGGUUGUCGCGAUGGUAGAGGACUGCACUAAGAUCCCCAUCCAUCCUAGAGCUCCCUAUGCAGGAAAGUAUGUGUUUUGCACAUUUACCGGUACGCACCAGGACGCUAUUCGAAAGGGAUAUAACCAGCUCCAAGAGAGUGAGAAACAUGAUGCUACACAGACCCCCAAGUGGAGAAUGCCAUAUUUACCAAUGGAUCCAGCUGAUCUGGGAAGGCAACACGAAGCUAUUGUGAGGGUGAACUCGCAAAGUGGGAAAAGUGGCGUUGCCUGGCUUCUCGAGGAGAGUUUCCACAUUCAUAUGCCCCGAGAGUUAGAAAUUGAGUUCACAAAGAUCGUCAAAACAUAUGCGAAUAUGAGUGGUUUUGAGAUUACUCAGGAGACUAUCCGUCGCUUGUUCCGGGAACACUACAUGCAUGCUGAUUCUGAAAAAGCCAGGCUGUUGGAUUGCAGAGCCGAUGAGACCAAAGGAGAUCGGGUUGUUACACAAGUGCAACUUAAAGUUGCAGUCGAGGGGUCCGAACACGACCUUGAAGCAACUGGAAGUGAACUAUUACCGACCAUACUCGAUGCCCUGAAGCCAUUGGGCUAUGGCUUCGAGGCAUUGGACAGCCAAAUGCAAUACACAACCAACCGGGAUACAAUCACGAGUUUCGUUAGGCUAGGCACAUCCGAGAACUUCGCUGCAUGGGGUGUCGGCAUGCAUAAAGACACGGCGUGGGCCGUGUCACUUGCCGUAAGUAAAAAGGGCAUGAACAAUUGA